AGUCUUGAAUGAGAGAUCCUUAUUAAUGGAGUAAUUCUGUCAUUGGUUCAGUUUAAAAGUCUUGAAUAUAAGGUUGUGUUGAUUGCAUUGACUUGUGUUCAUCUUUAAUGCACAGAUCAGAAUCAGCUGUGUGUCCCUGAAUAGUGACUGGUCAAUGAAUCCUCUACAUAACAUUAGUGGGCACUCUGAUGCUGGGACUAGACCGGACCCACCAGGACCCAGCUGUGUCUCCAUUAGGAGCGACUGGUCCAUGAAUCCUCCACAUAACUUAAGUGGGGACUCUGAUGCUAGGUCUAGACUGGAUCCACCAGAACCCAGCUGUGUGUCCACGAAGAGUGACUGGCCAGCAAAUUCUUCACUGAAGUUUAGUGAACGCACUGAACUUAGGUUUAGCCAUGGCCCUCAACAUGCUGAAGCCACGAAGACAUAUAGAUCCAACUUGAGGAGGAAGUCUCAGUGUCUGUAUGAGGGAACGGCGAAGCAAGGAAGCCCAACACUCCUGAAUGAGAUCUACACCGAGCUCUACAUCACAGAGGGGGAAAGUGGAGAGAUCAACAGUGAGCAUGAGGUGAGACAGAUUGAGACACAAUCCAGGAGAUCAACAAUACAGGACACGCAGAUCAAAUGCAAUGAUGUCUUUAGACCUUUACCUUGUCAAGACAAAGUCAUCAGAACUGUGCUGACAAAGGGAGUCGCCGGCAUCGGAAAAACAGUCUCGGUGCAGAAGUUCAUCCUGGACUGGGCUGAAGGGAAGGAGAAUCAGGACGUCCAGCUAAUAUUUCCUCUACCUUUCAGAGAGCUCAAUUUGAUGAAAGACAAGAAACUAUGCUUGUUAAGUCUGCUUCAGACCUUUUUUCCGGAAUCUAAAGAAAUGGAGUUAUCCAGUGAAGAAAAUAAAGUGCUGUUCAUCUUUGACGGUCUGGAUGAGUGCCGCCUGUCUCUGAACUUUCAGGAAAAUGCGAAGUUGUGUGAUGUAAGUGAAUUCACCUCAGUGGACAUGCUGUUGACAAACCUGAUUGUGGGCAAUCUGCUUCCUUCCGCUCUCAUCUGGAUCACCUCCAGACCAGCAGCAGCAGAUCUCAUUCCUUCCGAGUUUGUCCAUCGACUGACCGAGGUGCGAGGCUUCAAUGACCAUCAGAAGGAGGAAUAUCUCAGGAAGAGGAUCAGCGAUCAGAGUUUAGCCAACAAAAUAAUCUCACAUCUCAAAUCAUCAAGAAGCCUCUACAUCAUGUGCCACAUUCCGGUGUUCUGCUGGAUCUCCGCCACGGUUCUGGAGAAGAUGAUGAGGAAAUCGUGGAAAAGAAAAAUCCCCAAAACUCUCACUCAAAUGUACACACACUUUCUGAUCAUUCAGACCAGCAUUAAGAAUGAGAAGGAUUACAUGAAGCAUGUGAAGGAUGAAGACUUGAUCCUCAAACUGGGGAAACUGGCUUUCCAGCAGCUUAUAAAAGGCAACCUAAUCUUCUAUGAGGAAGACCUGAGCGAGUGCGGCAUUGACGUGACAGAAGCAUCUGUUUACUCAGGAUUGUGCACUCAGAUCUUCAGAGAGGAGCUGGGAUUUUACCAGGGGAAGGUCUUCAGCUUUGUUCAUCUGAGCAUUCAGGAGCAUUUAGCCGCUCUUUAUGUUCUGCUUUCAUUAUUGCUGCACAAGAAAGACGUUCUCCGGGAAAACCUAAGAUCAACACAUGCACAUGCUUGUCAAACAAUCUCUGACCUCCACCAAAGAGCUGUAGAUGAGGCUUUACAGAGUAAAAAUGGACAUCUGGAUCUUUUCCUUCGAUUCCUUCUGGGUCUCUCGCGGGAGUCAAAUCAGAUGCUCCUCAAAGGUUUUCUGACACAUGUUGGAAACAUAUCAUACAGCAAAGGGAAAACGAUUGAGUACAUCAAAUCAAAAAUAAAUGAGAAUCCUUCACCAGAGAGAUCCAUCAAUCUCUUCCACUGUUUAAAUGAACUGGGUGAUCAAUCUUUUGUGAAUGAUAUCCAGGAUUAUGUUAGAAGUGGACGUUUUCCAAGCACCAGACUGUCCUCGUCACAGUGGUCAGCUGUUGUCUUUGUUUUGUUGACGUCGGAGCAGUUGGACAAAUUUGAUUUGAGUAAAUACAUAAGCAGCAAGAGCAAACCAAACCUCAUGGCGUCUGAUGAAGUACUUCGGAAUCUCUUGCCAGUACUUGAGGCCUCCAGAUCAGCUCAGUUGAGAAAAUGUGGCAUCACAAAUGAAGGUUGUGCUGCUUUGGGUUCAGCGCUGAGAUCAGACUCUUCGCACCUCAGAGAACUGGAUCUGUCAUUGAAUAAGCUAGAGGCUAAAGGUCUGAAGCUGCUCUCUGAUGGACUGAAGGAUCCCCACUGCAAACUGGAGAAACUGGAGUUGAGUGAUUGUGGAGUCACAGUUGAAGGUUGUGCUGCUCUGUCUGCAGCUCUGAGAUCGGACUCCUCACCCCUCAGAGAACUGGAUCUGUCGUGGAAUCAGCUGGGAGAUACAGGUCUGAUGCGGCUCUCGGAUGGACUGAAGGAUCCCCACUGUAAACUGGAGAAACUGAAGUUGUGCGCAUGUGACAUCACAGACGAAGGUUAUACUGCCCUGGCUUCAGCUCUGAAAUCAGACUCCUCACACCUCAGAGAACUGGAUCUGUCAUGGAAUAAACUACGAGAGGCGAGUGUGAAGCUGCUCUCUGAUGGACUGAAGGAUCCUCGCUGUAAACUGGAGACACUGAGGUUAAAGGAUUGUGGCGUCACAGAUAAAGGUUGUACUGCUCUGGCUUCAGCUCUGAGAUCAGACUCCUCACGGCUCAGAGAGCUAGAUCUGACUGAGAAUAAACUAGGAGAUUCCAGUGAGAAGCUGCUGUCCGCUUUAAAGAAUGACCCACAUUAUAAACUGGAGAUCCUGCGGUGUUAAGUGAAGAUGAAUAUGGAGCCGCUACAGACAUUUCAGAUCCUGCAGAAUCAACAGAAACUGAGGUCACGGUGGGGUGUUUGUGUGUUGCUUGCAGGACUUUACAGACACACUGAACAGUUACACUCGGUCUAAUGACAUCCUUGAGGAUUAAACUCAAUCAAUGAUUUAAAGUAGCUGCGUCCCGAAUCGCAUACUUACGCACUAUUCUACGCCAUUUUGUAGUAUAAAUAGUGUAAUUAGUGCUUUCACACUGAAAACUCUAACAAUAAUAAGUGCACUUUAAUUACCCGGAUGAUGCACUCAUUCA